CCGGUGGAUUUACCCUGAGGAAGACGGGGAGCCGUUGAGGGCCGCAUGGUUGCCGCUGGCAAGGCCGGAAUGGUGCGCUGGCGAUCUGAGUACCGGCGCACGCACCGGGGCGUGCCCCCGGACCAGCUGCUGGCCGUCUGGCAGGCCAACCUGGCCGAGCGGCGACAACUCCGCUCCGUCAUGAUGGCCUCGCACUUCGACCUGGGCAGCUGUGCGACCAGCAGCUCCAACAGCAGCUCCGAUGACGAGCUUCCGCCGUCGCCACUGCGGCUGCGGCACCUGGCGCUGACGUCGCCCAAGCGCCAGCCUGCCGCUGUCGACGCUAAGGGCGUCCGGUUUGGCUCGGUGCCCGCACCCGAGGACGGCCGGUCACGCUCGGCCGCCAGACCGGGCUCCGUGGCUGCGCACGAUCCCAAGCAGGCGACGCCGGCCGAGACUUCGGCAAGCGGUGCCGAGCCGUCAUCGGACGGCGCUGGUAACGGUGACCACGGGCGGACGAACGUGUCAACGUCUGUCGACGUGCCUCCUACCGGCCGUGGGAGGCGGCGCUCCCGAUCUCGCAGUCAGCGGCGGCCGCACACCGCCUCGCCGUUCGUCGCGUUCGGCCAGGGCGAACGCGGCUGCGACGCGGCCGCCCGGCGCACCUUCAACGUGUUGGCGCCGCCGCCCGAACGCUGGACCGAGGCGAUGCUGCGCGACCGUUCGCGCGAGGCACUCUGA